GAUAAAUUAGAAAUUAUCGUUUAGAAUUUGAAUUUGCAUGUACUUUUGGGAUGAUUUGCUUAUAGUUAUAGCAUAUUAAUGAGAAGGAAUGGUGUGGAUUAUGAGCAAGGGGAAACCUCCAAUUGGUAAUAUAAGGCUAUGAGGAGAAUUGGCUUUAGCUCUAAUAGAUUAAUAGGGAUUGAUGAUUGAAAUAAAAAAAGUUUACAAUCUAUAAAAAAUAAGAAGUGAAUUUAUUGUUGAAUGUUGAGGAAGGAUUAGGGAAUGGGAGAAUGAAUAUGAGAGUGAGGAGUAAUAUAUAUAUGAAUGGCAAUUAAUAUAAAUAAU